AUGUCACAGGCACACUCAUCCUCAGCAGAUGCGGCGAAAAGAAAAGAUGUCACAGGCACACUCAUCCUCAGCAGAUGCGGCGAAAAGAAAAGAUGUCACAGGCACACUCAUCCUCAGCAGAUGCGGCGAAAAGAAAAGAUGUCACAGGCACACUCAUCCUCAGCAGAUGCGGCGAAAAGAAAAGAUGUCACAGGCACACUCAUCCUCAGCAGAUGCGGCGAAAAGAAAAGAUGUCACAGGCACACUCAUCCUCAGCAGAUGCGGCGAAAAGAAAAGAUGUCACAGGCACACUCAUCCUCAGCAGAUGCGGCGAAAAGAAAAGAUGUGUCACAGGCACACUCAUCCUCAGCAGAUGCGGCGAAAAAAAAAGAUGUCACAGGCACACUCAUCCUCAGCAGAUGCGGCGAAAAGAAAAGAUGUCACAGGCACACUCAUCCUCAGCAGAUGCGGCGAAAAGAAAAGAUGUCACAGGCACACUCAUCCUCAGCAGAUGCGGCGAAAAGAAAAGAAUAA